UGCUCUGCUCUGUCAUCCCAUCCUCCUCUGUCCUGUAAUGUAUGCAGAGCAGUGAGAGGCACAGAGUGCUGCUGUGUGUGUGCUCUGCUGUGCUGCUCGGGCUCCGCUCACUCUCCGGGAUCCUCGCACACAGCCGGCUCUGCUAUCACAUGCAAAACAAAGCAUCCCGGGGAUCCAUCCGCAGCCAGGGAGCCCUCCUGCCCGCUUCUCCCGCCGUCCUCCAGCUCCUCACGGUUUCACAGGGGAGAAAUGAAGUGACGUUUCCUUCUUGGCGUGAAGAUCCCGUCGCCUCAGCCACCCUAGGUAUCUUUACCGAAAUUCUUAAUUUGGCAAAAACUAAAGUGUCAGAGAUGGAUCUGCACCGAGCCGCCUUUAAGAUGGAGAACUCUUCCUUCCUGCCUAACCCGCUGGCGUCCCCUGCAUUGAUGGUGUUGGCUUCUACUGCUGAGGCAAGCCGGGACGCCUCCAUCCCCUGCCAGCAGCCGCGGCCUUUUGGGGUGCCCGUAUCGGUGGAUAAAGAGGUGCACAUUCCCUUCACUAAUGGCUCCUACACCUUCACCUCCAUGUACCACAGACAGGGUGGCGUCCCCGCAGCCUUCUCAAACCGCGACUUUCCACCGUCCCUCCUCCACCUCCACCCGCAGUUUGCUCCUCCGAACCUAGACUGUUCCCCCAUCAGCAUGCUCAACCACAGUGGCGUGGGCGCCUUCCGGCCCUUCACCUCCCCCGAGGAGCGGGAGAGCUACCAGUCUGCGUUUACCCCAGCCAAACGCCUGAAGAGCUGCCAUGAUACGGACUCCCCACACCUGCGAUUCUCUGACGCUGAUGGGAAAGAGUAUGAAUUUGGGGCACAGAUCCCAACGGGCUCCCCUGGAGGACUUAAGGUGGAUGACGCUGGGAAAAAACUGUUUGCUGUGUCCGGCCUGAUAUCGGACAGAGAGACGUCGUCGAGCCCAGAGGACAGGAACGACCGCUGUAAAAAGAAAGUCGCCCUGUUUGACAGCCAGGCGCCGAUCUGCCCCAUCUGCCAGGUCCUGCUGCGUCCCGGGGAGUUACAGGAACAUAUGGAGCAAGAACUGGAAAAACUAAUUCAAGUCAAUCUCAGUAAGAAUUCUAUACAGAAAGACGUCAUGACACCAGGUACACCAAAGUCUGUGUUGUUAUCAGCUUCAAUCAAGAGAGAAGGGGAAUCGCCAACAGCUUCGCCUCACUCCACGGAUGAGAUCCACCACUCGGACAGAUACCAGACCUUCCUGAGGGUGCGGGCGAACCGGCAGACACGGCUGAAUGCCCGAAUUGGAAAGAUGAAGCGGCGAAAGCAAGAUGAGGGACAGGUAUGUCCGCUCUGCAGUCGGCCAUUGUCUGGAUCCGAGGAGGAGAUGAGUAGACAUGUGGAACUGUGUCUGGCUAAGAGAGAGACCUGCAUGAACGAAGAUGACUCUGUAGAUAUUGAGAACGAGAACGGCCAUCGGUUUGAGGAGUACGAGUGGUGCGGACAGAAGAGGAUCCGGGCCACCACUCUCCUAGAAGGGGGAUUCCGCGGAUCUGGAUUUAUAAUGUGCAGCAGCAAAGAAACGCACGACAGCGACGCCGAUCUGGACGUGGAUGGAGACGACACCCUAGAAUACGGCAAAGCACAUAGGUACACAGAAGCCGACGUUAUCCCAUGUACUGGCGAGGAACCCGGAGAAGCCAAGGAAAGGGAGGCGCUCCGGGGAGCAGUGCUAAACGGGGGAACACCCAGCACCAGGAUAACAACAGAGUUCUCCAAAUGGGGCAACGAUGAAAUGCCAUCAACGAGUAAUGGGGAUAGCAGUAAACAGGAUGCAAUGCAGAAGACGUGUAAAAACAGCGACAUCGAAAAGAUCACAGAACAAUCCGCGGUGACGACGUUCGAAGCGUUAAAAGCGCGAAUCCGGGAACUGGAAAGGCAGCUAUCCCGAGGGGACCGCUACAAAUGCCUCAUCUGCAUGGAUUCUUACACAAUGCCCCUGACGUCCAUCCAGUGUUGGCACGUACACUGCGAGGAAUGCUGGCUGCGCACUCUGGGAGCGAAGAAGCUGUGCCCGCAGUGUAACACCAUCACAUCCCCCGGGGACCUCAGACGCGUCUACUUGUGAAACGCACCGCCGCUGCUCCUGCCUCGCUCCAGACUCGUCCUGGUCGCCCUCGCGCCUCCAUUUUCCGGAGUCGGAGGCCUUGCCCGGGUCUGCAAUGUGACCGAGGAAGAUUUGGAAGCUGAAAGACGUUUUUAUCCGUAAAGGAGCAAAUAAAACUUUAACAAAAAACGAAAGAAAAUAAAGAGACUUUUUCGUGGAGUUUUUGUGGCUUCCAGAUCUUCGCUUUGUUCCUUCCAGUCAGCACUAAGGGGGGAGACGCCCGAUCCGGCCCCCGCUGCACUCGUUUUCUCUUCUCCCUGUACCUGCUGCUGAUUUUUAUUAUUUCUCUAGGAAAUUACCCAAAAGGCCGAGGACUUGACGGCCCAACGACCCCCAUGACAUUCUGUUUAUUUCAUUUACCCCCCCUGGACAAUGCCAAAGUCCCGCCCCCGGCGCAGAUCUGUACAGACGACCCCACCGUGGUUUUACUUUUGAAGGACGCCUUCCCUGUUUCUCCUCCUUAUCGUGCCGUUUUGUGAUUUAUAUAAUAUUUUUAUUUUGUUUUUUUGUGAAAAGCAGGGAAAAGCAGAAAACUGACAGAAAUGCGAAGCACAUGUAAUAUAACUUAUAUGUUUACAAUGUCGAGUAUAAACUGAAGAGACUCCAAAUGUUACCUAAUAUCUUCCUUUUAUCAGCUGGGGGGGGGGGGGGGGGAGGUUGUUUCAUAAUGUUCUUACCAGAAAUGGGUUAAAAAAAAAAAAAUUGUAAAUGUUAUUUAUUUUUGGGAUUUUUAUUUUUGAUUAUUAUUUUUUUUUCCAACCAUUUUUGGUUUGGGAAUCUCUUUGCCCAGCAGAUGGCGCUCCUGUGUGCAGGGUUAUGGGUGCAGUAGAUAGUGGCCCUCGCCGCCUUCUUGGCACUGGGUUAACCCCUCCCAUGCCGGCGGCAGAUAACACACAGCUGUGCGAUGCCGUAACGCUCGGUGUCGGGGAUGGCCGGAGGCUCGGGCUCUGGAAGUGUCGUUUCGCUCUUGUGCCAGGAAUGGACUUUAAUAUUUUCCUUCUGCUUCCUGUUACGGAAAAGGAGAGGAAAAUUAUCCGUUCUUAGCGCCAAUUAACUGUAAGGGAGACGGCGUAUGAUGUGUCCCGGGGCUGCGCCAUUAUUCUGUAUAUUUUUAGUGCGUAUACAGCACAGGAAGUGGAUGCCUAAUCCAGUGUUUCCUAACCAGGGUGCUUCCAGCUGUUGCAAAACUACAACUCCCAGCAUGCUGGGAAUUGUAGAUUUGCAACAGCUGGAGGCACCCUGGUUAGGAAACACUGGCUGAAGGAUGUCCAGACAUGCUGGGAGUUGUAGACUUGCAACAGCUGGAGGCACCCUGGUUAGGAAACACUGGCUGAAGGAUGUCCAGACAUGCUGGGAGUUGUAGACUUGCAACAGCUGGAGGCACACUGGUUAGGAAACACUGGCUGAAGGAUGUCCGGACAUGCUGGGAGUUGCAGAUUUGCAACAGCUGGAGGCACACUGGUUGGGUAACUGUGAUCAAUGGCUGUCCGGGCAUGCUGGGAAUUGUAGAUUUGCAAAAGCUGGAGGCAUCCUGGUUCGGAAACACUGGCUGAAGGAUGUCCGGACAUGCUGGGAGUUGUAGACUUGCAACAGCUGGAGGCACACUGGUGGGUAACUGAUCAAAGGCUGUCCAGAUAUGCUGGGAGUUGUAGUUUGACAACAGCUGGAGGCACACUGGUUGGGAAACACUGGCCAAAGGCAUGCUGGGAAUUGUAGAUUUGCAACAGCUGGAGGCACACUGGUUGGGUAACGGUGAUCAAAGGUUGUCUGGGCAUGCUGGGAGUUGUAGUUUGGCAACAGCUGGAGGCACACUGGUUGGAAAACACUAGCCAAAGACUGUGCAGACAUGCUGGGAGUUGUAGUUUGCAGGAGGCACCUAUAGACCAUACUACAGGGAAAUCAAACUUUUGCAGGCAGGUUCCCCCCACAGAUUGUAGCUGAUCCCUGGGGGUCCCCUUUAUGAUCUGCUGGAGAGGUGACCCUUCUAACAAGUAGGGGUUGUGCACGGCGGAGGACCCCUUUACAGGCGAGACUUGCUUUUGGCAUUUGAUGUGAAAAUAUGGCGUAACCCGUGUUCCACCAAAACGUCUCUAGUCCUGUAAAGGCCAUCAUGGGACCUCCCAGUGUGUUUAAUGCAAUAAUCUUUUCUGUGUAGCGGCCACAUAUGCCGUCACGCUGUGCAGCCUUCUCUGCUUCUUUUUGUGUGUGGUUCCUCCUGUUACUGCGGAGCCUCUUAUCCGGGGGCCUGGUCGCCCAGCUGAGCUCCAAGCAGCUUGUGGGUGCAGUCAGCCGUGUCCGCACAUUUACAUUGACCCCUGUAGUACUGGCGGGUGGAGGGAGGGGGAGGGGGAAGGAUCAUCUGCAAUGCAAAGCGCUUGUUCACAGCUGCCGGCGGGCACUGGCGCGGGAACGGUUAACAAUAUGAAAUUGAUUCUAUUAGAUAUGUAUUGGAGACGGCAGGAAAUGAAUUAGGACGUUAACACGCUGACCCGCAGUUUGGCAGUCUGACACGAGUUAGUGACCCGGAUCCUUGGCAGCUGUCAUACGGGGCGAGGGAGGGGGAGCGAGCUCUGCGUCCGCCAGCAAUGGAAAGCUGCAUAUAUACAACACCGCGCCAGCAGAUCUGACUAAUACUGUUAUACCUGCAGCCAUCUCUGGGGACAGCAGGCUAUUGCUCCCUGUUAUCAGCCAGUGUGUGAUCCCCAGUCAGCCACUGCUAUCUACAAGUAAGAUUAAUAGCGCCCUCUGCAGCAGUAGUGGUGUUGUGGCUGUAGUACAAUGUUCUUUAAGCUUUUGCAAAACUACAACUCCCAGCAUACCCAGACAGCCUUCAGGUGGAUGAGAGUUGUAAUUUUGCAACAGAUGGGGAACACAAGGUCAGUGUUAACCAACCAGUGUGCCUCCAGCUGUUGCAAAACUACAACUACCACCAUGCCUGGACAGCAUUCAGCUGGAUGAGAGUUGUAGUUUUGCAACAGAUGAACAACAGGCUACACCCUAGGUCAGUGUUUCCCGACCUGAGUGCCUCCAGCUGUUGCAGAACUACAACUCCCAGCAUGCCCGGACAGCCAACGGCUGUCCGGGCAUGCUGGGAGUUGUAGUUUUGCAACAGCUGAAGGCACUCUGGUUAGAAAAGAGUUCUCGUCCAUGCUAUGUGACCCCUAAGGUGUGCAAACUUGCACUGUCCUCAGCAAAAGGAUGUCAGGGCAUGAUGGGACUUGUAGUUCUCCAACAAUUAGCGAGCCCCAGGUUUUCGGUAAUACUGCUGUAGUAUGUUUGUGGGACGCAUGCUAGUAUAAUGUUGCGCUGUAAGGCUAUGUUCACACAUGGCGAUUCCGUACAAAUUCCCUUAAGCAAAGGGAAAUUGCGGAAUUCCGUCAAAAUUCGAAAUAAACAGAAUUAUGCCGAAAUUCAUCAAAAUUCCACCCGCAAUUCCCCAAAAUUAUAAAGACUGGGCUUUCGCACCGGAAUCCCAUUAAACCUAAUGUGCGUUAAAUUCGGGCUGAAUUUCGCCAUUGUGAACAUGGCCUAAGACCGAUAGGAGAUGGCUAUUGUGCAGCGCCGGAGGUGUCGCGUUGAGCACCUGCACUCUGGCAUCGGAUCUGCACCGCAGCUGAUCACUAGAGGAUCGCCAACACUUCCCAGAAUGCAGAGCGUGAACAAGCAGAGAGAUGUCGAGAGUUUAGUGCAGAUCUGUUGUAUAAUAGAACAGGUAAAGAUGUUGUGGACUACAUCGCCCAUGAUGCUCUUACAACCAAAAUACUGCCAAAGCAUCAUGGGAGAUGUAGUCCAAAACAACUGUAGUGCCAAAAGUUGCCUAUGCCUGAUAUAUGGCAGGAUCUGAUGUAAGGGGUUGCGGUAUAUUCUGCGCAGGCGCGAUCCCUCCCCAUAAGCCUAAUCUAUGUCAGGAUUGUUGGUGCUUUAGUUGUGUGGGAACCAGCGGAGCUUGGCGUUACCAGCGGGCGCCAUAUUGUCUGAAUAAUCUGGGAGCGGUACCGUCACUUCUGAGCUCGAGUCCUCUACAGCAGAGGGGACGGGUUAUCACCUCUGAAAAACAUGAAAAUAACCCCUGCGAAGCCGCCACCCUGCACGGCGGUCAGGUGAUCUCAAAAGACAAUAAUAAUAGUUUGCCUGGACCAUGAAGGGUUAAACUUCUUCCAGCAUUACCCAAUAUGGCCGCUGAGGAUCUUGUGGAAUUUUCUAAUAUUUAUUCUCUACCUUUUUUUUUUUUUUUUAUGGUCGGGGAGUUUGUGGAAAUUUGUUGUUUUUUGUUUGAAAUAACAAAGAAAGAAAAACUUGAGGCUUCGAUUCUCCAGAGAAGCUGAAAAUUUAAAAAAAUUUAAAAUAAAAAAAGUUUCCCAAAGAGGCGGCGGAGGCCCCUGCAGUCGUGUUCAUGAUGUGUGUCCGUGUAUAUUCUACCCCGCAGCUUCUUGUCAUCACCAUUUGUAAACUACAUUUGACAUUAAAGAAGUAUAAAUCUU